GCUUUCUAUUAUACUUUGAUAUUAUCAUGGUAUGAUCACAGUCUAAUGUCUAUUGUCUAAUCAAUAUUUUGUGGUCUGUGGUUUAAUGUUCAAUCUUUCAAUUGGCUAUAUGGCUAUUAUUGCCUACUGAUUGUGAGAUAUAAAAUGUAAUAAAUUUUAAACUUCAGUAAUUUCGUCAUAGAACCAGGUAUACAUGGUAUUGAUAGCUUUUGCCGCUUCAAUAAUGUUGAGAAGAUUCAAUUUGCGAAACAUUGAAGUUCGGUGAUACCUACUGAAAUCCAGGAAAUAAAAGAAUGGAGGAAAAUAGUGAUGGUAUUUUUGUGAAAAGUGUUCAGACACUUUUGAAAGAUGGUAAAACAAGUGAUGUUAUAGAUUUAUUUCAUAAUAUUGAAAACAGUUCCAAUGUUAAAAAUAGCUCAUGGGACCUAAUACCAAUCAUUACAGAAUAUUUAACGAGUCAGUGUGAAAAAGAUAAUGAAAAAGUGUUUAUAUGUUGUGAACAAUUAGUAGACAUCAUAGCAGAUCAGUCAAAUCCUGAAGAAGUCCUGUUGCAACUCAUAGAAGAAAUUGAAGAAUGUACUGAUGACAUAAAAUUCAUGACAUUACUGAAACCUUUGAAGAAAGUGUUAGUUCGUAUUAGUUCAAGAAAAUUGAUUUCCUUUGCUUGGGGGUUUAAUGCAGUACAGUCAUAUUUGUCAAAAUGUGAAGGACCUGAUAGCAGAGGUUUGGUUGGGAAAGAAAAACUAUGUUUAGACUGUGAUGAAAAAACUAUUAGAAUUAGUAUAUUAUGCCAAGAGGUGGUGCAUUUCUUUGAUAACCUGCUUGAAACAAUUUCUGUAGUUGAAGAUGUUGAAGGUCGAAUGGGAGUUAUUAGGAAAUAUUUGAUUCGUCUCUUAGCAAAACCACUUGUUUUUUUGGAUACGGAAGUUUUUGAUGGUAUUAAAAGUAGGGCAAGAGUCUUAGGGGAGAGAAUUAUUAUGAAAAUAUUUCAAAUUUCAAGUGAUCCCUUAUCAUUACUGAAUUUGCGUCUUUCAAAAGAAAAUGUAGAACUCCUCAAUUUGAAUACAUUGGGCAUUGCAACUUUAUUUUAUUUGGUCUAUACGGAAUAUAUUUUAAUUGAAAGAGUACCUAAGGUGUAUAGUUCUAUAUAUUUUUUUCAAAGUAGCUUGCAUCUUGUAUCCACACUUUUGAAUGAAGAACACCAAAUCCUAAUUGAAAAGGGUCUCAAGUUAUCUGUUACCUUGCUGCAGCAUGUUAAAUUUUCAAAACUGUCGUAUUCUCUCUUGGAUUGUGAUGAUCACAGAGAGUUUUGCAAGAAUUUGGCUAAAAUCAUUGUCUUCAAUGAGCAUGACUUUUUGAGAAAGUCUGCAUUAAAUACUUACAAAAUGUAUCUUUUCUCAUUUGAAGUUAAAGGAUUUUACUUGAUAGUUUACAAUCUGAUAUCUGAAUUGAACCAUUCAGGUCUUAUAGGGUAUACCGUAACCCAAUAUAAAGAUCUUUUAUCUGAAGAAUUUAUGAACAAUGAAAAUAAUUUCUCAGAUUUUCUAAAGGGUCAAAAACUUCUAUCUAUACUUAGGAAGUUCUGUUAUUUGCACAAAAAAGAAGAAAGUGAUUUGAUAGAACUGUUUGAUCAAAUCAUGGCAUCUCUCAAUUUACUUCUUUAUUUAGCUUUGAGGGAUAAACACAAUGUAACAAAAAUUUGGGAUUAUUUUGGACAACUUGAAGAUAUUUACUUCAGGCCGUUGAGAAGAGGAAUUGAGCUUUCAAGGGCCCACUAUCAACUUAAAAUUAAGGAAAUUCAGGAAGAGGUAACACCCAAAAUGAAAACAAGUGAAGUUUCUGUAAUUGUUUCUGGCCAAAAUUUAUUAGAAAUGACUGCUCAAGAGAAGUUGAAUGUUUUUAAAUCCUCAUUAACUGCUUUUGACCUCAUUGACAACCUUCUGAGUAGGCUUAUCGAGUGUAUUGAAUGCAAAAGAUGAUUGUUAUAUGUAAAUUUUCAAAUUAAUGUUGAAUAAAUAAUGUAUGAAUUCGA